AUGAAGCCAUCUGAAAUAAAGCCCACACCAACAACCAAAACAGAAUCUGGAAAAAACACACAGGCAGCCAAGCCAACAGACUCUCAAAAUGAACAGCUGUCUGAAGAGAGGCAAAAGGAACCCUGUGAUGCAAAAAGCCAGACCUUGCCUUCUGUGACAACAGCUUCUAAACCAAAUAAUACAGGAAAAGUAGCUACAAGUCAAGCUGACCAGCCUCCACAAGGAACCCCCAAAGAGACAGCAAAGCCCAAGUCUGAGAAGGUGUCCACAGUGGCUGGAACAGCAAGUGCAGGUGCAACUGGGCCAAGUGUUGUUACUGCAGCUGAUAAGUCCAGUCCUGAGCCUGCCAUGGAUGAGUCAGCCCUAGAUAGCCUCAUAGAUACCCUGGGUGGACCUGAAGAUGAUGUGCCUACUAGUCCUGUUUACACUGGCCCAGAAGUUAAGGAAGAUAUAGAUUCAAGGUACUUGGAAGAACUGGGUAAACGGGAAGGCAGCCUCCCUCCAGAGUAUGUUAAAUUGUUGAAGAGCAAAGGGCAUGGCAAAGAUGGAGAGCCACCAAAAGCAGAUGAACAAGAUGAAAAACCAAUGACAGAUGAUGAGCUUGCUGAGGCCCUGUCAUCUGGCUUCACCUCUUGUACUGCUCCUAAACCAAGCAAGGAAGGAGAAAUUGUGCAAGCAAAAGCAGCAAGUUCAGUCAAGGCUUCAGUUCCUCCUAAGGAGAAAAAAACAAAAUCUGAAGAGGAAGUUAAAGAUGAUGCCAUGGAAGCUCUUCUUGAUACUCUUGGAGGACCUGAGCCUGAACCUGAACCUGAAAAAGAUCUUAGCCCUGUUGUAGAGGGGUCAGAGGCAAAAGCUAAAGAGAAGAAGGAAGAAAAGCUUGGAGAACGUGAUGAUACGAUACCUCCAGAAUACAGGUUAACACCAGAGCUGGAUAAAGAUGGAAAACCAAUAUUGCCCAAGCCUGAAGAAAAGCCUAAGCCUUUGAGUGAAUCUGAUCUUGUUGAUGAGUUUUCCAAAGACUUCGCUGGCCCAGCACAGCCUGCAGUGCAACCCAGACCAUCAAAGCCCAGCAGCACGUCCAAAAAGCCUUCAGCUCCUGUGUCUGCAAAACCUACUGAGGGUGAAGCUGUGCCCCGUGCCUCAGCCUGCACCGUGCAGUCCUCAGCUCCCCCAGCUGUGUCUCCAGUUGGUCAUGUGGCAGAUGAAGCCCUAGAAGCCCUGUCCAGUAGCCUGGGACAGAGGGAGCCUGAUCCAGAUGAAAAUAAACCUGCUGUGGACAAAGUUAAGGAGAAAACCAAACAGGAAGAAUGCAAAAAACUGGGUGAAGAUGAAGAAACUAUUCCUCCAGAGUACAGAUUAACAGAAGCAAAAGAUAAAGAUGGAAAACCACUCUUGCCAAAACCUGAAGAAAAGUCCCAGCCUAUGAGUGAAAAUGAUCUUAUAGAGGGUUUGACAGAAGGAUUUUCCUCUUCUCCAUCCCUAUCUGCACCAUUACCUAAACCAACUGCAAUAAAGAAAACCAAGGAGGGUAAAAAGCCCACGGUUUCCUCGGACCUUAUCUCUGCUGCUACAGUCUCUUCAGUGCACUCAGCCCCUCCUGCAGCUCCUGCCCCGGGAGGAAAAGAGAUGGAUGAAGCCUUGGAUCUCCUGUCUGAUUCCCUGGGACAAAGGGAGCCUGACCCUGAUGAGAACAAACCUGUUGUGGAUAAAGUAAAGGAAAAGGCUAAAUCUGAGCACAGAGACAAACUUGGAGAAAGAGAUGAUACGAUCCCACCUGACUAUCGGAAACUCCUGGAGUCAGGUGAGCAGGGUAAACCUUCAAAGCCAACAGGAAAGGAUGGUGGGAAACACAAAGGAAAAAAGAAGGCCACAGAUGACUCUGCAGCUAUCGAUGCCCUGUCUGGUGACUUUGAUACUUGUGCAAAGGCUCCUGCCACACCACAGCACUCAAAGUGUAGGACAAAAGUGGAGAGGAAACCAUCACCACUAAGCCGGCCCCAAAGGAAAAAGGAAAACCCAAAGACCCUAAAACGGCUAGGGGACAGUCCUCCAGCAGCAAACCUGAGAAGCAGAAAACAAGCUAAACGUUAA